AUGCUCAAACGCGCCAACCACGCGGACGAUAGAGAAGUAAAGAGACAAAAAGGAGGUGGUCCAGCCCAGAAUGGCGCAGAGCCACAGAAGAAAAAGUUCACCCAUGAGGAUUACACAGUCGGAUGGGUUUGCCCUCUGGAGAUAGAGCUCACUGCUGCGCUGCAAAUGCUGGAUGAGGAACACGAGUCGCUACCACAACCUCCCACCGACCACAAUAUCUACCAUCUUGGUAGCAUCGCCAGCUACAAAGUCGUCAUUGCUGGGUUGUGGCAAGCGGGGAACAACCCGGCGACAGCAGUGGUGAUUCAGAUGCGAAUCCGAUUCCCGAACCUUCGCUAUGCUCUGUUGGUCGGUAUAGGGGGCGGUGUGCCAAGGACAACGGACAAUGGCAUGCUCCGCCUUGGGCAUGUGGUAGUCAGCAAGCCUGUCGGGCCAUUUUCAGGAGCGAUACAGUAUAACCAUGGAAAGGGGAGAGAUGGUGUGUUCGAGCGGACUGGGGCAUUGGCUCCACCUCCAACAGUUCUUCUCCUUGCUGCGCAAGCACUUGCCGUUCAGCGUGCCCGAUCAGAUGAAGACCAUAUAAUGGAGAAUGUUCAACGCAUAGACACAAGCAAGCCCCAGCUGCGACGGUUCAAGUUCCCUGGUAUCGAAAAUGAAAAGCUAUUUCCGGCGGAUUACAAACAUCUCUGCCCUGGACUAUCUUUCCAAGAGAGCGAAUGUGACACAGCACAGUGUAUAAAACGCGAGAUAGGUGAACUUGAUCAACUCAUUGUGGUACACCGGGGUACCGUGGCGUCUGGAGAGCUUGUGCUAAGGGACAGCGCACUGAGGGACAAGCUCGCCCAGGAAUACGGGGUCCUGUGUUUCGAAAUGGAGGCUGCCGGAGCGAUGGCCGACUUCCCUUGCCUUGUCAUUCGCGGUAUCUCACACUACUGCGAUUCGCACAAUAACGACCAGUGGCAGGGUUUUGCAGCGGCGGCAGCUGCAGCAUAUGCUAGGCAGCUGUUCUUCCACAUGCCGAUUGAUGAAGUGAAACAGCAAACCAUCAUUCCAAGUACUGAUCCUGGGUUCAAGAUGUUGGUUCAACGCAGUCAUGACCAAGAACGGCAACAGAUGGCUAGCUGGCUUUGCUCAACUGAUUAUGCAUCAGAUCACAGUGCAAAUUUACGUGAGCGACAAGACGGAACUGGACAGUGGAUAUUUGAAACUGAUGAGUUCCGUCAAUGGGAGAGGGAGAAAGGGGUCCUUUUCUGCCCUGGCAUUCCUGGCGCCGGAAAGACGAUACUGACAUCCAUUGUGGUUGACUAUCUUCGAAAAAAGCAUGGAUCAAACAAUGGUGUUGGUCUUGCUUACAUCUUCUGUAAUUUUCAGCAGCAGCAAAAUCAGCAGUUAGACAUCAUACUGGCAAAUAUCCUGGGACAGCUAGUGCGAGGGCUGUACCACAUCCCGGAGCCAAUCCAAGCGUUUUAUGAGACAUAUCAGCGGAAUGGAAUGCAACCACAGCUUGACGAUGUUCUCGAGAUGCUGGCUGUGGCUUCAGGGCUAUAUUCCCAUGUUUAUAUGGUUAUUGACGCAUUGGACGAGUGCUCAGACUCUGACGAGAAGCGGAACCAUCUGAUUUCCCAUAUCCUCGACCUCCAACAACACUUCAACAUUAGCUUCAUGGCAACUGCCAGGUCCAUUCCGGGAAUUAUCUCGCAGUUCGAAAACUUUCCUUCGGUGGAGAUCCGAGCUAGUGACGCAGACGUGAAACGAUAUGUUGAGAGCAACUUACCCUCUAUCGUGAGACGGAGGCCAGAUAUCCAAAAUCUUGUCAUUUCGGAAAUUAUCAAGAAAGUCGAUGGAAUGUUCUCACUCGCCAGGCUGUAUCUGAAUUCCCUGAAGGGAAAGUGUAGUAUCGCAGCUAUAAAAGAGUCUCUCAACAACUUCAAGGCUGGAUCGGAGGCAUACGAACAUGCGUAUGAGAAGGCAAUGGAGCAAAUCCAGCAACAAAUAGGAGACCGAGCUGAACUCGCAAAGCGAGCAUUGGCUUGGCUCACCUUUGCGGAGCGCACUCUUACCCUGACAGAACUCCAGCAUGCUCUCGCUGUUGUCAUUGGUAAAAGUUCAUUUGACGAAGAAAACCUGCCAGAUGUGGAGGUCAUGAUCUCUUCAUGUGCAGGACUGGUCACAUAUAAUAAGGAGAAUCAUAUCAUCAGGCUGGCUCACUACACAACCCAAGAAUAUCUGGAGAAGACAUGGACGUCUUGGUUCCCAAACGCCCAUUGCGCUCUUGGUGAGGCAUGCGUCACUUACCUUUGUUACGAUGAUUUCGAAGGUGAGGAAUGUGAAUGUGAGUAUAAAUACGAAGAAAGGUGUCAGAAAUAUCCUUUGUAUCCAUAUGCAGCGGAAAGCUGGCUGUAUCAUGCCAGGAAGCAACCUCUCAACCACUCCCUCAUCGGGAAACUGUUGUUGAGUGACCGGAAGUUCGACGCUUGGGUCCAGGCUCGAAAAGAGGAAACGACGCCUCUUCACCUGGCGGUUGAGUUAGGCCUUGAGGGCGAAGCAGAGGCGCUCCUCAAUAUCGGCAAAGUCCGCCUCCAUGUCCUCAAAGAGCGAUUCGGCCGUGGUCGCCUUGGCUCCCUUGAACGUCUCCGAGUUGCAGAAGGCAACGACACCAAUCCAUCCGAGCCCUCAGAUUCCCCGUCUCCAGCAAUAUCGUCCGAUAAUUACGAGACGAAGAGUGAGCUCAAAGAUGGCGGCGCAUCUAGCACUGAGCCCUUUAUACUUCUCACUCCUACCACAAGUCCUCCCUGGAGCAUGCCAGAGUUGACGAACGACGGCCAGCCAGCAGGGAACACAGCCAAACUUGAUCCAGCUGCGUCAAAAUCACUGCUUAGUCUCGAUAAUGGACGAUGUGGAUGUCCCACAAAACAGAAGAAGCCUUGUAAGGUGAAAAUUGCGGAGGAGAAGAUCGACCACAUGAUCAAAUCAAUGCUUGCUCUCAUUCCGUCAUCUCCAGAGCUCGAAGGCGAGCUAGAAAAUCUGGCCAAGCUCGUGCACUGUUGA